AAACAAUACAGCACUGUAUUACAACACACAAUACAAAUCAACACCACAUCAACAAGAACGGGCAUUGAUAAACCAACCACUCCACGUAACUUUUUCGUUUAAACAAACAAAUUUGACAACAUAAUGGCAGACAAGUGGAUGCAUAAACUCACUGAGGUUGCUGGAGAGUACCAAAAUGACAAGGGGAACGCCAUCCAAAUGGCAAUGAAGCUGGCGGAAGAAAUGACCGACGAUCUAGAGACCGACGAGCAAAAGAAAGCGAGCAAGAAGGCGAUGCUUAAACAAGCGGAAGCGUUGACAGGACAGGUUUUUGGAACCCAGUCUAAGCCUGAGGAGCAGCAAACCGCGGAAGAUGAUGAUGCCGACUAUGUCCCACCCAAAGCUUCCAAAUUCAACAGUGGUUCAUCUUCGACCAAAAAGCCCGCUGGGAAACCCUCCUACCUGAUCUCGAAGAAGGAGGACGAAAAACAAACCACCGAAUCAUCAGAAGGAGGCAGCAGUAACGACGAAGACAAACAGAAUAAUAAUGAGGAGGAUGAGGAGGAGUAUACACCGCCAAAGGCUUCGAAAUUCCAGUCCUCCAGCAAAAAGAACUCCGGAAAACCGACGUAUCUGAUUUCCAAAAAGAAAGAAGAUUCCGAGUCACCAGAAGGAAGUAACGAUAGGGAUGAAACGGCUGCUGAUCAGAUCGAAGAAGAAGCUUCGUCAGUCGAGGAUGACAAGGCGGAGGAAGAGGAGUAUACGCCACCAAAGGCUACGAAGUUCCAGUCCUCCAGCAAAAACAAUUCCGGAAAACCGACAUAUCUGAUCGCGAAGAAGAAAGAGGAUCCCGAACCAUUGGAAGGAAGCAAUAAUGGGGAAGAAACGGCUGCUGAUCGGAUCGACGAUACGGCUCUUCCAGUCGAGGAUGACAAGGCGGAGGAAGAAGAGUAUGAGCCACCAAAGGCUACGAAGUUCCAGUCCUCCAGCAAAAAGAAUUCCGGAAAACCGUCGUAUCUGAUUGCAAAGAAGAACGAAGACCCCACAACGUCUGUUGAAUCCGCCGUUGCAGCGGGAGCUGUGGUCACUGCAGCCGCUACUUCAGUAGCUGCUACGUCUGCACUUGAAACCAACGAUGCUUCCGCUGCCGAAACCGAGCGGCUCGAGGCCGUGGCCCGCAAAAAAGCCGCUCUCCAGGCGAAGCUCCAGGCUGAAGAGGCGGAGAUUGAGCGGUUGGAACGAGAAGCCGCGGAACGAGCAGCAGCCCGGGAGAGAUUGAAGGCCGAGGCUGAAGCUUCUGAGCGUCGCCGGAACAACAAAAAAGCCACGGCCGCGGCUAUUGGGGCUGUAGGAGUAGCGGCGGCGGCGGCAGGGACGGCGGCGUUUGUUGCAUCUAAGAAGAGCGAUGACGAGGAGAGCGACAACGACGAUGACGAGGAGGCACUUGCCGCAAAGCAACGACGCCGACAAGAAGAAAAAGCAAAAGCUCGAAGACAACAAAAAGAAAAACAACACCCAAAGCCUUCGGCACCACCGGCACCCGCAGAUCAAACAAUGACGACAUAUGAAGUCACUGUUCCCCAAGGUGUCUCAGAGGGUACAGAUUUUAAGGUCCAGGUAGAAGGCCAGCAAUUUGAGGUCACCUGCCCUAUCGGUGCCUCCGCCGGACAAACGAUUCGAAUCUCCCUCCCCACAACAGAUAAUUUUUCUUCCUCUACGGCGUCUCAUAAUAGCCACAACAGUGGCAAAGUACCCACCAAUGCUUCCAUAGAGGAAUCUACGUCGACAACGAUGCACUUUGUGACCGUCCCGGCUGGAAUUUUUGGAGGAAUGCCUUUUCAGGUUGACGUCGACGGAGAGCGAUUUAAUGUUAACUGUCCCCAAAACUCAGGACCAGGAGAUCGUAUCAAGAUUGCCCUACCAACGAAAAGUGGAGGGGGAACGGGAUUGUCGUCGAGCCACAAAACGCACGACCCAGAGUCUUUUACGAGUUCCCACACAAGCCAUAGCAGUACCAAAGCACCAGAAACGAAAAUGCAUCAUGUUACUGUUCCCGCGGGAAUCUAUCCAGGCAUGCCAUUUAAGGUUGACGUCCACGGAAAGCGUUUUACCGUGACCUGUCCCCAAAAUGCCGGACCGGGGCAACGCAUCAAGAUCGCCAUUCCAACAACGACAGGAGGAGCAGGGGCUGGUGGGCGGGGUCGGUCAAAGUCUCCUCAGCCGCCGACUGGAACUUCCCUGCAUCACGUGACCGUUCCCGCGGGAGUCUACCCAGGCAUGCCAUUUAAGGUUGACGUCCACGGAAAGCGUUUUACCGUGACCUGUCCCCAAAACGCCGGGCCGGGUCAGCGCAUCCAGGUUCGGCUGCCCAUUUCCGCACCAAGGGCUAAGACUCCACCGCGCCACACAACACCGCCGAGGCAUACAAUCACACCGCCGCGUACGCCGCCUCAGACGCCACCGCGUCACGGUGGAACGAAGACCGAACUCUUUGACGUGACCGUCCCUCCUGGUGUUCGGCCCGGAGGAAGGUUCAAGAUCCGGGCGCAUGGCCAAGAAUUUAUAGUCACCUGUCCCCCGAACGCCUCGCCGGGGCGCACCAUUCGGGUGCCCGUCAAGGUUCAAGUCGAAAGUCCAAUGGUACAGGUUUUCAAGCAACAGGGUGAAUCCUACUGCUAAGAAAAUGUGCACGCGGUCGUAAGAGUGUGUGAGUCAAAACGAGAGCUUUGAGAACCGACUGACCUGGCAUGCAAGAUCGUGGUCAAGGCCUCUGCAACCCCAAAAGCAGUCCAUGGUUUGAAGAAACAAUCUGCCUGUCAUACUUAAGAUCAAAUCCAUGCUCUCGUCCAGACUUUUAAUGUUAUUGAAUUGCUAUUUGCUUCGUGUUUAAAUCACUUUUCUUCUAACUUUGAAAAUUCCCCCAUAUUCUAGUAAUA